GUUUUCUAUGAAUCGUUCCAACAGCCAGAUUGAGCUGAGACCAUGUGUUCUUACCUCAGACUUCAGAGCGGAAACACGAGAAGGGAAAAGGAAUCGGAAGGGAACUGGGCGACGGUGGCCGAGACGGGUCCAAUCUGAUGAGCCUGCGCUGCGCCUCCCGGAGGGUUGCGCCUGCGCAUUGUGGUGGUCUCCACGGCGGGGCCUCGGAGCCAAGACGAGGUAUGGUGAGACCAACAGACAAAGAGACGAUUGCCAUUGGGAAGACAGCCCAUUUUUCACAGUUCUCGAAAGGAGUGGGCAUGCUAUACCACCAAGUGCCAACAAUAACACCAAGCGUCUGACCUGUAUGGACUCUGGGGAUCCUUCCCUUGGACAAAAUGAUCCCCCUAACAUUUUGCCCGUUACUGCUCCUGAAACACACGAUCCACUCACAUCACACAAUAUACCAGAGACACUGACUGACACACAGGCCCUUCACGAAGAGCAAUUUCAUCUUUUGGACCAAAAUGGGCAGCCUAUUCAAUAUGACCUUCAGUCUUUGGGAAAUUCUACUGCACAAAUGACAGGGAUGGAGCAAGUGGUUAUACCUCAGGAGUCGUUUGCAGACGUGUGUAGUCCUCCAGAUGUCUCUGAAGAGAAGCCCAUUGGUGGGAGUUUGCCAGCUGUAAGCACAGAUGCUCUAGAAGACAGCGCCAGUAGCUACAGUCUUCACUCACAAGCAUCCCUCGGGGGACCCAGAAAGUCAGGGACCAGAACUCUUGAAGAACCUUUGCUGGCCCCUCUCCAGCCACUUUCUUGUAACACACCCAUGUGGGCCUGCCGUCUUAGGAGUUGUGAGACUGUCAUCGGUUGGUUUUGGUGCACAGGAAGUCGAGCUGUGGUAAUGGAGUGUCAGUAUGGACCAAGGAGAAAAGGUUUUCAGUUAAAAAAAAUCAGCGAGCAAGAAAGUAGGUCUUGUCAUCUCUACAAAGCUACUUGUCCAGCCAGGAUAUACAUUAAAAAGGUACAGAAAUUUCCUGACUAUAGAGUACCUACUGACCCCCAGAUUGAUAGGAAGACAAUCCGGAUGGAGCAGGAGAAAGCCUUCACCAUGCUGAAGAAGAACCUGGUGGACGCGGGCGGUGUCCUUCGGUGGUAUGUGCAGUUACCUACGCAGCAAGCUCACCAGUAUCAUGAACCAGAGACUCCCGGUGUCCCUUUGUCACCGUCACCUUUCCCUAUGUCUCCUCUUGAGGAAGAGGAGGCUAUAAUCAGAGAUGAGAACUGUGCGUUGCCCUCUCGUCUCCACCCGCAAGUAGCGCAUAAGAUCCAGGAGUUAGUGUCCCAGGGAGUGGGGCAAGUGUAUGCAGUGAGGAAGCAGCUAAGAAAAUUUGUGGAAAGAGAACUGUUCAAACCUGAUGAGGUACCUGAAAGACAUAAUUUAUCUUUUUUUCCAACUGUAAAUGAUAUAAAAAAUCAUAUCCACGAGGUACAGAAAUCCUUGCAGACUGGAGAUGUGGUAUAUAACUCAGAGAUUAUUCCAGCAACGCUUCAGUGGACUACAGAUAGUGGAAAUAUCCUCAGAGAGACUGUAACAGUUACAUUUGCAGAAGGAAAUUUACUAAAAGAGCCGAUUACCAGCAAAAUGGGGACAAGUCAGACACAAACUUCUUUGUCUCCAGAACCACUUCCCUUGCUCUCCCCACUUUCUUCAUUUCAACCCAAAAUAUUUACACAUUUACAGGCUUUGAAGUUGCAGCCAAGACUCUCCUCUCCUGAUGGAUCCCAAGCUUUGGUGGCAGUAAAUAGCCAUCCAUCCUCCAGUCCCCCCGGCCUUGAUACGGCAGGAAAUGCUGAAGCCAAUAACCACUCUCUACUGCUCGGCCAGAGUCAGAACCUUGGAACAGACACUUGCCUACCCCAGAACAGCAGCACGGCCUCUCCCUCUCCCAUGGGCAGUCUUCCGGAGUCAGUUCAGAGCCUAGUUGCAGUGGAUCAGCUGGUGGGAGGUGAGGAUGCUGAGGAUGCUGGGAAUCUGGAAGGAAAUGUAAAGAGGACUCUGCUGGGAGAUGCACACACCAUUCCAAUACACAUCCUAGACAGCCAUCCAGCUCUUGUUGAAGAAGAUACUCUGUCCAUGAACCAAGUUAAACAAGAACCCACUGAGCCAACACUGUCUACAGAAGCAGAGACUUUGCUGGGCUGUAAAAAUGUGUCUGCUACAUAAAUACUUCAAGUUGUUCAGAAUUUACAGCUCUGGCCCCUUGUGAUGUCUUAGAAGGUGAAGAUUGUCAGGGCACGGUAUAUCACUGGACCAGAGUGGAUGAUGGGCAGUUUUGACUUAAAAUUCAAAUAUUUGUUGCCAAUUCUAUAUUUGUAUUUCCCUUAAGAAAUAUUUUACUUUA